CGGCGUCUCUCGCCGACUUCCCCUCUUCUGGUCUUCCGAGCGGUGUGGGGCGCGCCUGCGCAGUCGCCCGGCCAGCAUGCGCAGAGCCGAGCCCCUGACAGCCUGAGCGGGCGAGGCGGCGAGCAAAAGCGUCGUGCGGCGGCCCGAUAUCGCGCCCAUGGGGGCGGCUUGAGAGGCGCUGCGGAAGAGGCGAGGGGCGCGCGGCGGCGGCAUGGAGCACCCGGGGGCUAGUGGCGGGGAGGAAGUGCCGGGUAAGAUGAACUCCCGGCGCGGCGGCGGCGGCGGCGUUGGCGGCGGCGGGCGCGUCCCCGAGGACGAGAGCAAGAAUAAACCCAAGCUGAACCUUCAGAUAAAAACUUUGGCAGAUGAUGUGCGUGACAGAUUAACCAGUUUUAGGAAAUCAGGUGUCAAAAAGGAGAAACUCCUCAUCCAGCACCCCAUUGAUUCACAGGCCUCUAUAAAUGAACUGCCAGUGGCUCAGCCACUGUUUGAUGAACGUUCGAUGAAUUUAUCAGAAAAAGAAGUUAUGGACCUUUUUGAAAAAAUGAUGGAAGACAUGAACCUGAAUGAAGAACGAAAAGCUCCUUUACGGAAUAAGGACUUGACCACAAAGCGUGAGAUGGUUGUCCAGUACAUUUCUGCAACUGCCAAAUCUUUUAUCGGAUGUAAAGUUCCGGGAGGCCUGAAAAAUAGCAAACAUGAAUGCACUCUGUCGUCCCAAGAAUAUGUCCAUGAACUGCGGUCGGGUAUCUCAGAGGAAAAACUUCUCAAUUGUUUGGAGUCCUUGAGAGUCUCUCUAACGAGCAAUCCAGUCAGUUGGGUCAACAAUUUUGGACAUGAAGGGCUUGGGCUUCUGUUGGAUGUUCUUGAGAAGCUUCUUGACAAGAGACAGCAAGAAAGUAUUGACAAGAAGAAUCAGCAUAAGCUAAUACAGUGCCUCAAAGCAUUUAUGAAUAAUAAGUAUGGAUUGCAAAGAAUUCUGGGAGAUGAAAGAAGCCUUCUUUUACUUGCCAGAGCAAUUGAUCCAAAGCAACCACAUAUGAUGACUGAAACAGUAAAAAUACUUUCUGCCAUUUGUAUUGUUGGAGAAGAAAAUAUUCUGGACAAAAUUUUAGGAGCCAUAACAAUUAGUGCUGAGAGACAUAAUGGAGAGCGGUUUGCUAAUAUCGUGGAGGGACUUGAGAAUCAUGAAGCUUUGCAGUUACAGGCAGCCUGCAUGCAGUUCAUAAAUGCCCUUGUCACUUCACCUGAAGAUCUUGAUUUUAGGAUACACUUGAGAAAUGAAUUCCUGCGCUGUGGGCUAAAGAAAAUAUUGCCAGAUCUAAAAGAGAAAGAGAAUGAAGAACUUGAUAUUCAGUUGAAAGUAUUUGAUGAAAACAAAGAAGAAGACUUAAUUGAAUUGGCCCACCGCCUCAAUGACAUCAAAGUAGAAAUGGAUGAUGUGAAUGAAGUUUUCCAUCUGCUGAAUAAUAUGCUGAAAGAAACAGCAUCUGAAAACUACUUCCUAUCUAUUUUACAACAUUUUCUACUCAUCAGGAAUGAUUAUUACGUUCGGCCUCAAUAUUACAAGAUAAUAGAGGAAUGUGUUUCACAAAUAGUAUUACACUGUAGUGGCAUGGAUCCUGAUUUCAAGUCUAGAGGAAGAUUGGAAGUCGACUUGAAUCACCUUAUAGAUAACUGUGUGGACAAAGCAAAAGUAGAAGAAAGUGUGAAAAAAGCAACAGAAUUUUCCAGAAAGUUUGAUGAAGAGUUCACAGCUCGACAGGAGGCGCAAGCUGAGCUUCAGAAACUAGAAGAUAAAAUCAAAGAGCUGGAAGCUGAAAUCCAGCAGAUACGAGCCCAGGGUCCUACAUCUUCAAGUGGCUUACCAUCAGCAGGGAUACAACCUCCCCCUCCUCCACCCCCACCCCCACCUCCCCCUCUUCAAGACGGUCGUCCUCCUCCUCCACCUCCUCCUCCACCACCACCAUUGCCUGGUGCUUUACCACCUCCACCUCCACCUCCUCCUCUGCAUGGAGGAUGCAUACCCCCUCCACCUCCACCACCGAUGUUUGGGGGCCCUCCACCUCCACCAUUUCCAUUUGGUGGGAUACCUCCUCUGGGAGCUCCACCAGCACUGCCCUUCGGGAUGAAGCAGAAGAAAAAAUAUAGCCCUGAAGUGUCUAUGAAAAGAAUUAACUGGGCAAAGGUUGAACCACAGGAUAUUUCAGAACAUUGCUUCUGGGUAAAAGCAAAAGAAGAAAAAUUUGAAAAUCCAGAUCUGUUUGCAAAGCUGGCACUUACUUUCGCUACACAGAUGAAGGUUAAAAAAGCAAUGGAAGAUACCGAAGAAAAGAAGAUGACUAUGCCUAAGAAGAAAGUCAAAGAGUUAAGAUUAUUGGAUGGGAAGACAGCACAGAAUCUGUCUAUUUUCCUGGGAUCUUUCCGCAUGCCUUAUGAGGAAAUUAAGAAUAUCAUUUUAGAAGUAGAUGAAGAGAAACUGAGUGAAGCAUUGAUUCAGAAUUUGGUUAAGUACCUUCCUGAACAGAAGGAGCUCAGUGCCUUAGCAGAGUUGAAGAAUGAAUAUGAUGAUCUCUGUGAGCCAGAACAAUUUGGAGUUGUGAUGAGUUCGGUGAAAAUGUUACGGCCUCGCCUUAAUGGCAUCCUUUUCAAGCUUACAUUUGAAGAGCAUAUAAACAAUAUCAAACCUGGUAUAAUGGCAGUGACUAUAGCCUGUGAAGAGCUGAAGAAGAGUGAAAGCUUUAGUAGACUGUUGGAACUUGUGCUACUAAUUGGAAACUACAUGAAUUCUGGUUCUCGAAAUGCACAGUCAUUGGGAUUUAAUAUUAGCUUUCUUUGCAAGAUUAGAGAUACAAAAUCAUCUGAUCAAAAAACAACGCUGUUGCAUUUUCUGGCUGAAAUUUGCGAAGAGAAUUAUCGGGACAUUUUAAAAUUUCCAGAUGAACUUGAACAUGUGGAGAAUGCAAGCAAAGUUUCAGCUCAAAGUCUUAAGAGCAACCUUGAUUCCAUGGAACAUCAGAUACAGCGUUUGGAAAAUGAUAUUAAGAAGUUCCCCAAAACUGAAGAUCCACAUGACAAAUUUGUUGAAAAGAUGGUCAGCUUUGCUAAGAGUGCCCGAGAACAGUAUGAAAAGUUGUCCAACAUGCACAACAACAUGACCAAGUUAUAUGACAAUCUGGGAGACUAUUUCUCAUUUGAUCCCAAAACUGUGAGUGUUGAGGAAUUCUUCGGAGAUCUUAGUGCAUUCCGGACACUCUUCUUGGAGGCACUGAAAGAAAACAACAAGAGAAGAGAGUUGGAGGAGAAGAUUAAACGAGCCAAACUUGCGAAAGAGAAAGCAGAACGUGAGAAACUGGAAAGGCAGCAAAAGAAGAAGCAACUGAUUGACAUGAAUAAAGAGGGUGAAGAAACAGGAGUGAUGGAUAAUCUUCUUGAAGCACUGCAAUCUGGAGCAGCGUUCAGGGAUCGCAGGAAACGAAUGCCAAGAACUCAGGAUAACAAACGAGUAGCUUUGGAAAGGUCACGUUCCCGCCACAAUGGAACUAUCACAGCGGUAUGAGUCCCUCCUUUGCCAAAGAACUGAAAAAGUGUUUUAUUUACUUUAAAUGGAGACAUGCUGAAAAAAGAGUGCAAAGAGGGACAAUAAUCAGAAAUGAAUUUUAAAUGAAUUCCAAGGAAUAACAAGAAGAAUUAUGUAUUUUACCAAUGUUAUUUUGCAAACAAAACAAAUGGCUACCCUUUACUGUAUAUUAUUAACAAGAUUUUCAAGAGAUGUAAACAGUGUUAAAAUAUAAGAUUCUCCCUCUCCUUGUUUAGUAUUACUUGCAGUUGUUGAGCAAGCAGGCAACUAAGACUGAAAACUACUGUGUUUUUGUUCAGCUCCUGUUAUUUUCAUUGGAAGGGUUAGGGUUGUGCCCAAGUGUGGAAAACAGUGUAUAUGAACUAAGGUGGAUGAGGCAUACAUGUUCUAUUAAAAUAAACAGCAUCAAAGAUCAGGUUAACUAAAGGGAGCAGAAGUCCAUUCAUAGUUCAUUUGAGAUGGAAAGAAAAAAAGACAAAUUUGCAUAUUAAUGAAUUCAGAUAUGAGCUGAUAUAGCACACAUCAUAAGAGACCUUUUCUGUAAGCUUGAGCAAGCACUGUACAGCCCCUGUCAAUUUCCUUAAACUCUUAUCUCAAGUUUAAGCAUGAUGGAUUCAGCUAUUUUGGUUGCUGUUCAACUUUAUCACAAAUCUACAGCUUCAGUGGUAGAAAGAUAUAUAGCGUCUUAUCACCAGAAAAAAAAAAAAAUAAGAACAUAGGACUAUACCAAAGUUAAACUAUAUCAUUUGCAAAAUAUGUUUUAAACUAUAUUUAAAGAUGUAUUUUCUAAUUAUGUACUUAUAUGAACUUUAUACAGAUAUUUGAGGUUGUGAUGGUUCCAAAAUUCCUUUGCCUUUGCUUAAACUUUCAGAGACAUAGCCUACUAAUAAGAACUGGUUGCUCAAGGUAUCUCCAUGUAUGAUGCUCUGCAUGUGAUAGCCCAUGUUAAGAUGGCUCAAGCGAUGGGCUAGAGUAGUAACAGGGGGAGAGGGAUGACUGCUGCUGAAACAUUGCUCCCUUUUUAUCAUUUCAAUUCAUACCACAUUUUGAACCACCCAAAGGCAUCAACAUGAACAAGCUGAGAAUGUCCUGUGCUUGGUAAGGCACUGUAUAACUUGCCAUACAUGUCUUCUGUGUGUGUAUAUAUAUAUGUGUGUGUGUAUUUCUGAAGGAGGUGGGUGUUCUUAUGGUGGGAAACCAUUUUGUUACUGCUGGUGGUUAGGGAAACACACAGAGAUGUAAAAUAAUAAUAAUAACCUUGCGAGAUUUAUUUGACCAAUGGGUUUGGCAUGGAAAUAUUUGGAAGGCACUAAGUACUGGUGAAGAGAGCUGAAUGCACUGUAAAGUGGAAGAGAUAGGGUUACUUUGAUUUCAGGCAGUAUUCAAAACUCGGGCACGUCAGGAACAGAAUAAUCAACCCUUUGCUCUGUUUCUUGAACAAGUGAUUUUAACUACUGCCAUAGACAGCAAGGGCUAAACUCCUUAUUGCAGCUCAGGCCAUCAGAGAAAAUCUCUUCCACUCUAGUUUUUCAUUAAGUCUAUUUCUGGACCUCUGGCGGGGAGGGUGGUAUCACAAGCAACCUACCACAGUGAUCCUGGCCGCCAGGAGAAAGCAUAUAUCAGGGAUGAGGCGAUUUUCCGUGAUCCUUCCUUUGCCUUACAGCCCCAGGCACUGCUCCCACUUGCUCUGGAGGUCCCCCAGCCCUGCAGACCACACUUGGAGGGAGCACUGCAAUCUCACUGAAAAAGCCCUUUUUCCCCAUUCUGAUUAAUGGGGAACAAUGGUUGGAUACCACCCAUUUUCCUCAACCCAGGCGAGGGGAAUCCAUUGAUCACUUUAUACCCAUGCUGAUUCUGAAGAGUUAACAGCAAAUGUGUUGUUUAUCCUCCAAGCAGCCCCAUUGUGUGGGUUGGACAGAGAUGGCAACUGGCUUGUGACUGUCUAGUGAGUUGUGUGGCUACCCAAGCAUCGCAAAACUGCUCUUUCAUCUGUGGCAUUCUAGCAACUACACAUGUUCCCAGUGCAACAUCCAGGAGCACAGGGUCUGGAUUCAGUGUUACGCAUGGAAGGGACAGUACGCUCUAUAUACACCCUAUUUUCUUAGCCGCAGCUCACAGCUGCAUGCUGCAUUUUAUAUUUGGUGUAUAUUAUAUUUUGUCCAAAGUAUGUUGCCCACAAAGUCCACUGCUUAUCACUGAAGGGGCUCUAUUGUAAGGGAAGGAGCAAUCCCUUUUUGUUCUGUUUUCUGUGCCCUGGCUUUGGAUUCAAGGGAGAAUGGGAUCAGCCCUGUCUGUGCAGUCAACAGCAUUUGGGAUCAUAAUCUGCAUUCUGCAGCUUCUUCAGAUUCAGCUCUCUGGAUGCCUUACAACUUUAAAUUCAAGGAAAGAAAAAACCUUGAGGGCUUUCUCAUAUCCUGGGUGAAGUAGAACAACUCAUGAAUUCUGAAGGUCCUGAUCUGUUGUUUCAUAGGAAUAUGGCGUUAGCCUACCAAACUGAAUGUUUGAUAUAUUGGUGCAUAUCUCUCCAAUGGAUAUAAUGGCUUUAAUAAGAAUAAAUAUUCUGCUGUUACUGCCCACCCUGUAAGAAUGUUAAUAGGCUUAGGGUAAACAUUCACUUUCAAAUUACCCAUCUAACCUACAUUUUCCCAUUCAUAUCUUUAAAGCCAAAACUUUUUAACACACAAAGCCAACCCAACAAUAUUUUAAAACAACUCAUUGGAACUCAAAUAUGACACUGCUAAUUUACUAGAAUUUAAAAUCCAAAACUAUAUUUGUGAGCAUACCUUUCUUAACAUACUACAGAUAAUUUUAAUGUAUCAAUUAUUAUGAUUGCAACAUUUUAAUUUCCUGAAACAUUUUGAGCAACCUAGUAGUUGGCAAUUUCAUAUUUUAAAGACCCAUCUUCUGACAAAGAAUAAAUCCAAAAGAACCAUAAAGAAGUUCUAAUAUUUCAGUUUACUAGCCCAGUCAUUUUUUCAUAUUUGGAAUUGUUAUGUAAUUUAAUAGUUUGUUAAUAAACCAAAAAAGGGGUAGAAAAAGUUAAUAUUGUAAAUACAGAGUACUUGUAUUUAAAAAAUCUCAAAAGUAUUUUUUUCUGAAUGUUAUGUAAGGUCACAAAAUCUUUUUGAUAGCUUUUUAUUCUUUCAAAAAUGCAGAGUGAAAACAAAAACUACUACUUACUCUUUGUAUUAGUGCAAUUCCCAUUCCUCCCAAAUGCUUAUGUGGUAAACUAAUGAAUGCAAAGAUUAGACAUCACAGCACCUUUCCUAAUCUGCAUUUACCUUAUUUUCUAAUAUUAAAAGGAAACAUACGUUCUUUCCCUUCGCAAGACUCUAAUUAUUUAAUGCUGAUCAUUUAUUAGAUAUUUCCUGGUCCUUGUUCAUAAGAAUGUGCAAUGCAUUUCACAUAAAAUAGAAUGUGUAGUGAUCCCACCACUGCUAUUGCCCUGCUGGGCAGUACCAUCUUAAAUGUUAACAUCUUUUAAUCAAUGUGCAAGGUUAAGCUAAAACCUGCCCCAAAAUAAAGCCGUUUUAGGCAAAUCUACUCAUUUUAAAAUUAAACCACUAUGAAGUAUUUCUAAAUAAGCCACUCUAUUUUUUUAUAAACAAUGUUGCAUGAACUUGUUUGCUUCUGCUGACCUCUGUUAGCCAGCUUAUGACAAAUAUGCAUAAAUGUUAUAUGCUUGAACACUGAGCCUUUGCGUCGCCAUAUCUGUGUGUAUGUACUACCUCAAAGCACAAUUUAGCGACACACAGAGUCUCUCCUCCUCCUCUGCUAAACAUAUAUCAUUUUAAAAGGCAUAAGGCCAAACACUGGCGAUCUUAUGCUUGGAUCUCCAAGGUCCCUGAAUGCUUAGGAGAUGACACUUUUUCUAACAUUAUGUUCCCAAUCUAAAUUCUCAUUUAAUUUAUAGAAAAGUAAAACUGAAAUAUAAUAAAUUAUACUUCGCACCAUUGUUUGUAUUAGGAACAGAUAUGGGGCCAUUCAUGUUUUCCCUAAAAUGAUACUUAAUAGUUGGGGUAAAAGUUAGAAAUCAGGGAAAAUGAUGGGGGAAAAGGUUUAAAAACCCCAGGACUGUGCUCCUCAUCCUGUUUGAAUCUUUCCCAUGAUUCCUUUUAGAAGAAUUAAGAGAUGGGAGCUCUGGUCAUCGGUCUUCACCAUCUCUUCUGAUUUGGCUCCUAGGAACGUAGAAGUGUCUUUAUGAUCACAGCCAUUCUUUUGGGUAUUUGUUCCUGAGGAACCAGCUCAGCAACCCUUUGGCAGUGGUGAAAAGCCUCCCCAUUGUCCCCCAGUGGGUGCUGUGCUGGAGUAUCCAUAAGGCACCAAAGCUCAUGAUCUCCUGACUCAGCCUCUGCUCUCUCAGUGACUCAUUUUCCAGCAGACUGCAAAAUUUACACACUUUGUGCCUUCCGCUUCUCAAACAGUUCUUGCACAAGUAGCUUAUACAUGAGGAUAGGUAAAGAAAACAGCCAGCAAAAUCAUUAUCCAAACAAUGUCUGGCUAGGUUUAAAGGGUAAAUAAAUAUGUAUCAAUAUGUAUAUCUGUGCAUAACCAAGCAGUCUUGAGUUUUAGUAAAAAUUAUGCACAUUCCUUUUUUAUGAAGAAGAAUAAGAUAAUUAGAAGUCAUUUCAAUGACAGAGUAUUAUGCCCAAGUUCUUGCUUGGACCAGAGGUUAUACCACACUCUUAAAGUGGAGCUCUUGCCUCUUCUUUCCAUCCCUAGUAGAAUAAGGAAGCACAGAGAGAGCAGAAAUGGAGAACCAGAAGCAGCGUCAGCAACACUGAAGGACAGUCAGAGAUGCAAAGAAGUCCACGCUGGCUCACACAUCUUUAGACUGGGCCCGUGGUGGCAGGUCAGGUUAAGGCCUUCCCCCUGAUGAAGUGUUGCUACACGUAUUUGCAGUGUCUGACAGAUCAGUGCAAAGCUUAACCCGCCCACCCAUCUGGUGCAUCUGUAGCAAUAGAUCCUACAAGCUGCUUCCUUAAAAAUAUUAUCAAACAACCGAGAACUACUUGCACCCUUACUGUUUUUUUAAAGUGAUAAUUCUUAACACCUCACGCAGCACAUAUCAAAUGAUUUCAAUACUCUCAGUGACAAAAAUAUCUGUAACUUGCACUUUAAAUAACAUGCCACAUUAAUAGUUACAAAAUUAUGGAAGGGUGCAGUGUAGUGAUAACAGUACACACAACGUCCUGCUGUAUUCAGUGUAAUUGCACAAAACUGGAAAGCAGUUAAAAGGCACCUAUGGCAAUGAUCCCUAUAUUUUCAGCAAAAACCUGCCUCAUUUGUGCUUUGAUCUAAGCACCACUGAGUACCUGAAACAACUAGCAUAUUAUUGACAUUUGUCAGGUUAUAGUUAGCUACUUAUCAGAAUAAGCUACACAGAAUUUUCCCAUGUGCCAUAGUAUUUUUUUUAAUAUUUAAUUAGAUCAAAUAAGUAUGUUGCACUUUUGUAACAUUAGCUGUCCCUUGUAAAAGUAAAGACAAUUUCCUAACUGCUCCUCCAUUUUUAGCCUCCCUCUGCAGCACCAGAAACUAGAAACUUAGCAACAUGGGUAGAUCACUUACUCAAUAUUUGUAUACACCCCCACCACUCUCUUGUGCACACACUGGUAACUAAUAGCUUUGCUCCCACGAAAGCCUCACUGCCAGUGCAGAAGUAAAAUAUACUAAGGCAUGUGAUUUCUGUGUGUGUGUGUGUGUGUGUGUGUGUGUGUGUGAGAACGUGUGCACAGAAAAGGAAUUGAUCACUUUACUGCUAUGUUCUACUGCUUACAGAUGUGCCAGUUAGGAUUAUGGCAGUAUUAAGCUGGAUGGCAGCAAGUUGUUGGUGUUCCUCAGGUCUGUUUCCUAUUAUGCCUAUACAUUAUUUCUAAAGUUAACCUCCCUUUCAGACAGGACAGCAUCAUUCACCAGUGUAGAAAGCAAAGGUAGAACUUUCUGGGGAGCUCUCUGUAAUCCUCUCCCUUCCUAUCUUUGUUUGGAAAAGGCUGCAUAAACAUUUCAUGAGUGUCUGAAAGCUUCCUUUUCCCUCUGAAAUACUUGAUAUUUCCUAGAUUUGAAUAAAUGCUCUCAAACAGGUACACAAUUUCCUCUAGCCUUUUUAUUCACAUACCACAAAAAGCAAAAUAUUAUCUUCUACUUGGUUAUCUUGUUUACAACUCCCAGUAUCCCUUCAAGUAAGCCUUGCUCGAAUGUUAGUCUCCAGGGGUUCUCAGAAGGAGUGGAAGGAGGAGAGCAGGUAUGCACGUCUGCCCCACUUCCAGAGUCCACGACGCUUUCCACUGCAUAGUCACAGCUUCUCAUGCUAAGUGGAAAAUCUGAAGGACACAACUCGAGGCUACAGGGUACAGAACUGGCACACAUGGGCUCUACCUCCUCAUAUGUUCUUGUUGAGCACCUGUGCAGAGCUAUAUUUACUAUUUCAUUUAGGGUUAAUGCAGAUUAACAGCACAAUUUUGAAUUGGAUGAUAGCAUCCAAUGUUUUAUAUCUGGGUAUUAAAUGUGCAUUAUAAUUGUCAAACAACAGGAGGCUUAAAACUUUUUUUUUUUUUACAAAAUAUCAGGUUUUUAGUGAUUUCAGAGCAUAGGGUCAAUUGAGCUACAUUUUGUUUUUAAACUUUUUUUAAGUUCUUGUGUCUAUUAAUACCUCUUCAAUAUUACCCCUUUGAAGGAUCUCUAUGCAGCAAAAUUCUGUUUGGGGGAUAGUUUGGUUUUUUUAUCCAAAAGUGUCAAUAUUGGGUUUGAAAUGGGCAGGAAAAAUGCCUGUGCUGUAAUUCUAGCUAAUUUUUUAAAAAUCUGGGAGAUUAUAUUUUCUUUAACUGUCAAUCCUUGUGGUACAAGAUAAAAUGUAACAAUAUCAUGCAAUUACUGAACACAUUAAAACCAGACUGUUUUAUUUCACAUAUAUUGAGUUGAUUGAAUGAGAGACAUAAUAAACCAAUGUAACAGUUACUGUUCAUAUGUCCAAAUA